CUUCUCUAUAACCUAUCUUCGCUGCAUGGGGCUGAAAUUUUCAUCAUGUGGUUUUCAGCCUGUCGUUGCAGUGCUCCCCUCAAGUUCUGUCGGAGAGCAUUGUCCACGUCAAUUCAGCUUGGUUGUCAAUCGGUGAAACAGAUAUUGGCAUUUAAAGACGUUAACAAAGCAAUCGAAAUGAAGGGUUGGGUCAGGGCGUUACGAAAACACAAGGAUAUGGUGUUCGUGGACCUUUCCGAUGGUUCAGCCGCAUCUAAAGUUCAGGUUGUUGUUCCUGCAAACUGCGUGAGGCCGGGCCUUUCGUAUGGUUCAGCUAUCCAGGUUUUUGGAAAACUGGUAGCCAGUUCACACAAAGGGCAGGAACUUGAGGUGCACGCCGAAGACGUCACAGUGUUGGGACCUUGUGAUAUAGAGGGAUACCCGUUUCAUCCUCGGAAAACGUACCCUCCGGAGUACGUUAGAAGUUUCCCCCAUUUCAGAUCGCGGCAGGCCAAAGAGGCGGCCAUGCUGCGGCUUCGCAGUGCUGCUUUAAUGGCAGUGCACGCUGCAUUUCAGUCUCAGGGCUUCUUUCAUGUCCACACGCCAAUCCUGACAUCCAAUGACUGCGAGGGUGGUGGGAAUGUUUUCACUGUCAAGCCCAUGAAACAAGAAGACAAGGAGGAAUCUCAAAGAAGCUCCGAGGAGCUCUUUUUUGGCACACCCGUCUUCCUAACCGUAUCAGCACAGCUCCACUUGGAAGCCGUUGCCAUGUCCUUGUCGAGGGUUUACACAGUGGGUCCCACAUUUCGUGCGGAGAACUGUAACACGCGACGACACGUCUGUGAGUUCUGCAUGGUGGAAGCUGAGGAGGCCUUUGUUACGUCUUUGGAUACCUUGCUUCAGAGGACAGAAGAUGUCGUGAAGAACGUGUUCACGAGUCUGGUGAAUUCUUCGAACGAAGAUGUAGCCGUAAUUACAAAAGAUGCUCCUUCUGGACACCUUGAGACAGUGCAGGCUGCUCUAGAGAAGCCUUUUACUAGGAUGACAUACAGUGAAUGUAUCAAUGUUCUUCAGUCUGCAAGAAAUGAAAAAUCUUCACUUCGGAACAUUGAGUGGGGCCAGGACCUGGGAGCAGAGCACGAGGAAUACUUGGUAAAGCACUGUGGCAAUGCAGCACCACUGUUCGUGACACACUUUCCAUCGGCGCUCAAGCCUUUCUACAUGAAGCACUCCACUCUUCAGCCCAACACAGUAGAAGGAUUUGACCUGCUGGCACCUUUUGGAGGCGAGCUUUGCGGUGGGAGUCUGAGGGAGGAUGACCACACAGUUCUCGAGGAACGUCUGCGGAAUCUAGGAAUCGCCGAUGCUUUUCCUUGGUACUUGGACCUUCGGAAAUAUGGAUCUGCGCCACACGGAGGGUUUGGUCUGGGCUUUGACCGAAUGCUGCAGUAUUUUUUCGCCAUACAAAAUAUUAGGGAUGUCGUGACGUUUCCAAGGUGGUCAAAUCACUGCUCUAUGUAGCAGCUGCAUUGUUCAAUAAAUGUUUUCGGAGAGCUC